UCCGAGGCGACGAGCCGGCCGCGGGGACGCCCGGGAGGGGUCCGGGCCACUGGGGGCGGCGGCGGCCGGGUCGGGGCUCCCCCCCCGCCCGCGCUCGCCGCGGCGGUGGUGCGUCCCGGAGGUUACCGGAAGUGGCCGCGCUCGGCGCUGCCAUGUUGAGGAGCCGCCGCUGCCGCUGCCGCCGCCGCCGCCGCCGCCGCUUUGUUGUCGCCUCCUCCGGCUGAGGAGGCUCCCCGAGCGGGGGGAGUGGGGAGGAGGGGGGUCGGCCGCUGCAGCCAUGGAGGCCAACUGGACCGCGUUUCUGUUCCAGAGAACAAGUUGGGAAAACCCAGUUCCCCUCUUAGAAGGCUUCAUAUAGAAGUGUGGGGAUCCUAGGAAUCCUCAGAGAGUAAUUCCCGUAGUGGUCGAGGCAUUCUACAGCAUUUCACCCGAGAAGCAGGGACCUGGUGUGACCCUCGUGUGAGAGUGAGCUUCAGCAAUGCUGUAAAAAUACUUUAUGUUGCCACAGACAUCUGAAUCGGUAAAAUGGCAGCCCAUGAAGCCUCCCAUCACCAACAGCAGGCAGCACAGAACAGCUUGCUGCCCCUCCUGAGCUCUGCUGUGGAGCCCCCUGAUCAGAAACCAUUGCUUCCAAUACCAAUAACUCAGAAACCUCAGGCUGCUCCAGAAACAUUAAAGGAUGCCAUUGGGAUUAAAAAAGAAAAACCCAAAACUUCCUUUGUGUGCACUUACUGCAGUAAAGCUUUCAGGGACAGCUAUCACCUGAGGCGCCACGAGUCCUGCCACACAGGCAUCAAGUUGGUGUCCCGGCCAAAGAAAACCCCCACCACGGUGGUUCCCCUUAUCUCCACCAUCGCUGGGGACAGCAGCCGAACUUCGUUGGUCUCAACCAUUGCAGGCAUCUUGUCAACAGUCACUACAUCUUCCUCGGGCACCAACCCCAGCAGCAGUGCCAGCACCACAGCUAUGCCCGUGACCCAGUCUGUCAAGAAACCCAGUAAGCCUGUCAAGAAGAACCAUGCUUGUGAGAUGUGUGGGAAGGCCUUCCGAGAUGUGUACCACCUCAAUCGGCACAAGCUCUCCCAUUCGGACGAAAAGCCCUUCGAGUGUCCUAUUUGUAAUCAGCGCUUCAAGAGGAAGGACCGGAUGACUUACCAUGUGAGGUCUCAUGAAGGAGGCAUCACCAAACCCUAUACAUGCAGUGUUUGUGGGAAAGGCUUCUCGAGGCCUGACCACUUAAGCUGUCACGUAAAACAUGUCCAUUCAACAGAAAGACCCUUCAAAUGCCAAUUUUCCUCCCUCAUGCAGACGUGCACUGCUGCCUUUGCCACCAAAGACAGACUGCGGACACACAUGGUUCGCCACGAAGGCAAGGUAUCCUGUAACAUCUGUGGGAAGCUCCUGAGCGCAGCAUACAUCACCAGCCACUUAAAGACACAUGGGCAGAGCCAAAGUAUCAACUGUAAUACAUGUAAACAAGGCAUCAGUAAAAUAGCGUGCAUGAGUGAAGAGACCAGCAACCAGAAGCAGCAGCAGCAGCAGCAGCAGCAACAACAACAACACGUGACAAGCUGGCCAGGGAAGCAGGUAGAGACGUUGAGACUCUGGGAAGAAGCUGUCAAAGCAAGAAAGAAAGAAGCUGCUAACCUGUGCCAAACCUCCACGGCUGCUACGACACCUGUGACUCUCACUACUCCAUUCAAUAUAACGUCCUCUGUGUCGUCUGGGACUAUGUCAAACCCAGUCACAGUGGCAGCUGCAAUGAGCAUGAGAAGUCCAGUAAAUGUUUCAAGUGCAGUUAACAUAACCAGCCCAAUGAACAUAGGGCACCCUGUAACUAUAACCAGUCCAUUAUCCAUGACCUCUCCUUUAACACUCACUACCCCAGUCAACCUCCCCACCCCCGUCACUGCCCCAGUGAAUAUAGCACACCCUGUCACGAUCACGUCUCCAAUGAACCUGCCCACGCCUAUGACAUUAGCUGCCCCUCUCAAUAUAGCAAUGAGGCCUGUAGAGAGCAUGCCUUUCUUACCCCAAGCUUUGCCUACGUCACCACCUUGGUAAACAGUAUUAUAAAAUUAAAAUAUGGGUUAAAGUAAAUAUUUACCAGCAACUUACUUUUAGUUUAUUAAAGCAGAAAGUAAACCAUGAAAUUGGGAGAUUUUAUUACAUUAGUUAAUAAUAGUGUAGUAGCAUUUUCUCCAAUUUGGCUGAGAUUGUUCAAAGUAGGGUGUGUAUGUCACUUAUCACUGGACCACUUUAGUUUAAUCAGAAAUUCCUUUUAGCUGACAGCAUUGCUUAAACAGGAUAGUAGUUGGCAAGAUGAAAUGCCAGAAUUAAAACCAAUCAUAAAAAAGUAAAACCCAUUUCAAAAUUAAAAAGCAGCAUUACUGUUUCUAAUCCCAAGAAAUCAUUUUAUUCUAAACACUAGCAGAACUCUUCUCCCCGUAUAUACAGGGUGGAUGGCUGAUUUUAACCUGAAGUUCUAAAUCCACGGAUUGAGAGCUAGUGUAGAAGUAUCUGUGUUUAUUGUUUUUAUGAGUAAAUACAUGCAUUGUCAUAAUAAAAUGCAUUUCAGAGAAUAUGCAUUUUACCUUUGGGAAUAUGUUAAUUUCAGGCAGCAUUCCCUAUGGGAAAGGUGAUACCAGCUCUGAUAUGCAAAGCAUAUGAUAAUUUAUCAUUCUAACUUCAACAUAUAAUAGGGAUUGUGACCUGAUAUUUGGAGAUGUAAAUAUUGCUCAGCAUACUAAUCCUGAUGGAAUAUAGCAUUGUAGUUGACUUUUUUAAAAAAUUAAAAAAAAAAAAAAAAAAAACCAAAAUAUACACAUUGUGUUUUGGUAAGAAAAGGCCGCAGCUGACAGAGAAGUCAAGUGUGCGGACAGGCAGACUCCUAACAAACGGAGGCCAAUAGGACUCCUAUUAAGGGGUCAAGGAGUACUUUGGAACAGUUAAAAUAUAUUGCUUUAAAUUGGAAGACGCUGGAGGCACUGGGAUGUGAUAUGCCCCUCUCUCUCCCAAUCAGAGCCUGUUGAUGUUUCAACAGGGGAAAAUGUGUUAGUUGCUCACUAGAGUUUAUGUCUUAUAUUAAAUUGUAUACAGUUUUUAUUCUAACCACUAACUAGGUAGUAUGCCCCUUCAGAACAAGCAGAGUGUAUCUUUUUUUUUUUAAUUUCUCCUUCCAUUUCUUAAGUAUUGUGCAGAUUUGUUCAACUUUGUAAAUAUGGACAUCACUUUUUUUUUCUUUGAGAAAACACUUGUAUCAGCUUUGUGGGGUUUUCAGGGAUACAGCUGUCUGCACUCCCUGUAGAAACUCAGCAAUGAUUGUGCAUGUUAAGACAUGUGCGUUUUGUUUCUUAGCAGGAUGUUUUAUCUCUGUACAUAAAGUAGAAACCAAAAGCUAGGGAGACAGAUACUCUUUACACCAUCAUGCCACACAUUUAUGUUUUUAAAGCAUCGUGUUUUUAAAAAAAGUUACUUAAACCAAGACGCUGUGAUUUUUUUUAAGUUGCAAUAUGUUUUUGGUUUUUUUCCUUUUUCAAUCUUGCAGUUAAGAGAAAUGGACAUUAGUUGUGUUAAUCUUGCAGAAUGUGUGCAGGACUGACUAUCAAACUGGAUGACUUCCAUUUAUACCCCACUAUGUCAGUUCAAGCAUCAAAAUACCUUGCAUCUGAGGCAGACUUCCUACAUCAGGGACAGGUUCUGUGUGUCAUUAUACAAAACAGUUCGAGGGGGUUGAACUACGUAGUAAAAAAAAUAAAAUAAAUAGUACUUAGUGUAAAAUAAUUUUAUAAAUGAUCUUUUGUACUUUAGGACAUUAAAUUGUACAACUUUUGUAUAUAUAAAAGCUUAGGAACUUUCUGUUUAGCAGGAAGGCAACACAUUCCUACACUUUUAAUGUAUAUGUUUGUUAUAAUGUCCAUGUAAACAUGCCCUAUGUUUGUGCCUUUUAAUUAGUUUGUCUCAAUAAACAAAAUGUAGAGAAAAA